UCCACUCGUCCGUUCAAAAAAAGAAUGAGCGCUAUAGUUAGCAGUAGUUGCUAAAUCGAGUACUUCUUUCAGAUAAUCAUUCUUUCACUAACCAUUAUUGAGGCAAACUACACUACAAUGCAGAAUUAUUGUGCCGCUCCCAACUGUACUAGUGUAAAAUCGGACUCGUAUUCACUUUUUAGAUUUCCGCUUGACGCAGAAAGGUGUAAAACAUGGGUGGAAAAAUGUCAGCGAGAAGACCUAAUGGACAAAUCACCAGAACAUCUCUUCAGAUUCUAUCGACUUUGUGCAAAGCAUUUUGAAACGUCUGAUGAUAGUAAUGAAUUUAUUACAGUGAUAAAGGAUGACACCAUACCAACUAUCUUUGAAGAGACCAACAAACUUCUAAAUAUACAAGUGAAGCGCAGUAAAGAGCUGGAAGAAGACAUGAAGCCCAGGGAAAGAAAAAAAAUGAAAACCUCUGAAGAUGAAGUGGACGAUGAGGAGGCAAACACACCUCCAAAAGAAGACACGUACAAAGACUAUCUCAGGUCUUUAUUUGAAGCUCUUGUAAUGUUAGGAGAGCAAAACAUUCCUGUGACCAGGCCCGAUAGUAUCAAACAGGACACUGUCGGAUUAAACAACUUUGAGGCGUUGCUUGAGUAUCGCAUGAGUUGCGGGGAUGAGGCCAUGACGAAAUAUAACGCAAAUAGCUCAUCACUUCAGCUUCAACAAUUGAUCGAAGUGUGCGAGAGAUGCAUCCGAAGGAAGGUGAUUGAGGAAGUGAAAGAAAAUGGCUUCUUCUCACUCAUUACUGAUGAGCUGGUGAAGAUUUUGGAUGAGUGGUACCUCCCUGUUUUCCUGCGCUCUGUGGAUGAUUCAAACUUCCAGCGGGAGAGGUUUGUAGGGUUCUUGUUUGUUGACGGGGAUGCGGAUAUUUUAGCGGAGAAACUUCUGUCUGAAAUUAUCAACGAAUGGGGGUUGAACAUGGAGCUGUGUAGAGGGCAAGCCCACUCGUGUUCGGGAGCACACUUGGAUAAAAUCAAAGCAUUUGCCGCCAAAAUAACCGAGAAGUAUCCAUUGGUCAUGCUCACGAUUCGACCUACUCAAGCCUUGAACAUAGCACUUGCCAGUGGUAUGGCUUUGUCGGGGGUUCAGCUUGUCGUGUGUACCCUGAAAAAAAUCCAGUCUUUCUUCAACCAAUCCCCUUUACUACGUCUGGAACUGGAGCACGCCGUUUCGGUUAUCUAUCCAGACAAAGAGGAGAGGGUCAAAGAACUGAAAGAGAUUUGUGGCACCAGUUGGACCAGAAGACACGAUGCGUUUGAGGUGACACUGGAGCUUCUUGAAGCUUUGCUGCUUUGUGUGGACGGCGUACAUGACAAUGAAGACUUACGCUGGAGCGACCAGAUCACGUAUAGCGCCUUGGAGAUCUCAAAAGCUCUGGCUGACUUUGAGUUCAUUAUGGCUUUGGUUGUGCUGAAAAACACCAUGAUACUUUUGAGGGCAUUCGGUAAGAACAUUGAAGGGGAAGCGAAUGAUGUCUAUUUUGCCGCUGGCAGCGUAAAAGCCGUGUUGCACUCUCUGAAGGAAGUGGCCGACAAUCUUGACGUGUACCAUGAGUUCUGGACCGAAGAGGCGGUUAACCUCGCUGCCGCGAUGGAGAUCCCGGUGGAGCUUCCUCGGUCGCUGUUGAGGAAGAAUCCGUCCGACCUGGCAACCCUUCAGCCAGAGAAUUACUACAAGGAGCAUCUUUCUCUUCCUGUGGUGAACCAUACGCUCAAAGAAGUCAGCGAACUCUUCAGCGAUGACCACCUAAAAGCACUAAGAUGUUUGUCACUGGUCCCUUUUGUAGUCGAACUCAACAAGUCCGGACAACCUGAAGAAGAAAACAUGUUAGUGUUUAAAAACGACAUCCCCAACCCAGGUUCACUCGCCGCUGAGCUACAUUGUUGGUCAGUGAAAUGGAAUAAAAAAGGGAAAGGAGAAGUGUUGCUCACCAGUCUGCAAGAAACGCUUCAGCAGGCUGAUGUGAAGUUCUUCCCAAACAUGCUAGCAGUGCUGAGACUACUGGGCGUCCUGCCGACUUUAGCUCUGGAUAUCACUAGUGAUAUGGCGUACAAGCGCUUCAAAAUGUACAUGCAAAACACCCCUGACACAGAAAAAUCAAAGAGUCUGGCUCUUCUGAACAUAAACAAUGACGUGGGAUAUGAUUUGGAUUCAAUGGUUGAACUCUACGUAAAGACAUAUCCUGUCGGCGAUGAUGCUUCAUAAGUUUUGGUUAAGUCGUUUUUAGAGAAUGGUGCUUAAUAAGAUUCAUUUCACAUGUUUUAGUCCUUGCACGGUGACGCACUAGUUAGCACGUCCGCCUCACAGUUUAAUGCGUAUGUUGUUGAGGUUUUAAAAUGAAAUGUAAAUAACUCAAAGUUUAGGGAGACAAUUUUUACAGAGGAAUCUUGUAAAUGACAAAAACAAUUACAAUUGUUUUAAAUAUGUGUAAGAUGUGUGUUUUUUUAUGUUGUGGCAACUCUACAUUGUGAUUGAAUAAUGAAAUAAACUUUUAAAUAUUUA